AUGAGCGAGGGGGCUGCCGGCGCCGCGGCGCCCGGGGCGGCGGAGGCGGCAGCAGCGGCAGCGGCAGCGGCGGGGGGCCCGGGCGGGGAUGGGGCCGCCGGGCCGCCGCGAGAGCUGCGUUGCAGCGACUGCAUCGUCUGGAACCGGCAGCAGACGUGGCUGUGCGUGGUGCCCCUCUUCAUCGGCUUCAUCGGGCUGGGGCUCAGCCUCAUGCUGCUCAAGUGGAUCGUGGUGGGCUCCGUCAAGGAGUACGUCCCCACCGAGCUGAUGGACGCCAAGGGCGUGGGGCAGGACCCCUUCUUCCUUUCCAAGCCCACCGCCCCCCCCCGCAGCGCGGAGACCACCGCCGCCUCCACGCCGCGGCCGCCCAGCCGCGUCAGCCCCCGCCUCACCACCAUGAGCCGGGCCCCCCCGCGGCACCCCGGCACCCGCGGACCGCCGCGGGGCGGCCCGCGGCCCACCGCGGCUCGGCACCCCGCCGUGCCCCACACGGCAUCGCCUGCCAGCGGCCCCCCCGGUACCCCCGGCCGCGGCGCCCGGCCGCCACCCGCCGCCCCCAGCACUCCACCGCUGCCCGCCUGGCCCACUGCGGCACACGCUACCUCCUCCUACAAGAUCUACGUCCACGACUCGGCGCCGUCCUGGACCUUGUCUCCCUUUCAGGAGUCAACCACCACCACUCCGGAGGCCAGCACCACCCCCAAAAUCCAUACUACAACGUAUUCCACUGAAAGAUCUGAGCACUUUAAGCCAUGCAAAGACAAGGAUCUUGCAUAUUGUCUGAACGAAGGGGAAUGCUUUGUGAUUGAAACCUUAACAGGAUCACAUAAACACUGCCGGUGCAAAGAGGGCUACCAAGGAGUCCGCUGUGACCAAUUUUUGCCGAAAACCGACUCAAUCUUGUCAGAUCCAACAGACCAUUUAGGAAUUGAAUUCAUGGAGAGUGAAGAAGUGUACCAGCGCCAGGUGCUGUCUAUUGCCUGUAUCGUCUUUGGCAUAGUCGUAGUGGCCAUGCUUUGUGCAGCGUUCUACUUCAAAACAAAGAAACAAACAAAGCAAAUUCAUGAACAGCUGAAAGAAACACAGAAUAGGAAAACCUACAGCCUAAAUGCUUCCAGCAUGAUGGCAAAAUCAGAGUGUGUGGCACAAAGCCGAGUCCAGCUGCAAAAUUAUUCAAAACCAGAUAGGCAUCCUGGGCCCAUUCUUGACAAAGUUCUGGAGUCUAGUUUUUCAGGCCCUCAGUGUUUCCCAGAGGCCUUGUCUCCUGACAGAGGAACCCAGCCCAUCAAGCAACAUAGCAGAAGUCUCUCUUCAUGCUGCAGCCCAGGACAAAAAAGUGGGAUGCUGCAUAGAAAUGCCUUUCGGAGGACUCCUCCCUUACCUCGGGGUAGGUUCAAUGGAAUUACAGGACCAGCAUAUCAGCAGCUGGAAGAGUCAAGGAUCACAGACCAGGACACAAUACCUUGUCAUGGGUAUUCAUCUGGUGGUUUAAAAACUCCUCAGAACACUUCUCUAAAUAUGCAACUGCCUUCAAGAGAGACAACAACCCCUUAUUUUAAUAAUGUGGAUCAGAAGGACUUGGUCAGCUAUUCAUCUUCAAGGGCCAACUCCGUUCCCAUCAUCCCGUCUGUGGGCUUGGACGAAGCCUGCAUGCAAAUGCAAAACGUUUCUGAAGUAACAGGCAUCAAAUGGUGCAAAAACUCCUAUUCAGCUGAACUUGUCAACGUGAGUUCCCCAGUCAGUAAUUGUCUUAUAGCAGAACAACACGAAGUGAAAAUCUUGCUAGAAACUGUGCAGGAGCAGAUUCGGAUCCUGACGGACGCGAGGAGGGCGGAAGACUACGACCUGUCGGGUGUGGAAGGGGAGGGCAGUGUGAGUGAGAACACAGCUUUCCUGCCCAUGAGCCCCCUGACUAAGGCAGAGCAAGAGGCACAAUUUGUCUUAAAAAGUGAAACGCCAAGAGACUCGGUAUUGACCAAGUGA